ACCUGAUGAAAGUACGGGUGGGAAAAAAAAACUAGCUGAGGUGAAGAUGGCGGAUGGGGAUAGCGGGAGCGAGCGCGGCGGCGGAGGAAGCGGGUUCCAGCGGGACCAGGACACUCAAGAGCUGGCGUCCAAACGCCUCGACAUCCAAAACAAGCGCUUCUAUCUGGACGUCAAGCAGAACUCGAAGGGCAGGUUCAUCAAGAUCGCCGAGGUCGGCGCUGGGGGCUCCAAAAGUCGCUUGACACUUUCCAUGUCAGUCGCGGCGGAGUUUCGGGACUACCUGGGGGAUUUCAUUGAGCACUACGCCCAGCUCGGACCCAGCACCCCGGAGCAGAUCGCUCAGUCCUCCAGCGGCGAGGACGGCGGGCCUAGACGGGCCUUGAAGAGCGAGUAUCUCGUGAGGGAAAACCGUAAAUACUACCUCGAUCUGAAGGAGAACCAGCGCGGGAGAUUCCUGCGGAUCCGGCAGACCGUUAACCGCGGCGGGUUCGGUGUCCCCGGCGGCGGAGGGAUUCAGUCCGGGCAGACGAUCGCUCUUCCCGCGGGGUUUGGCGUCGGAGGAGGUGUGCCCGGGGGUGGCAUGCAAUCCGGGCAAACCAUUGCCCUUCAGGAUCUGGCCCGCGGCGGCGGAGGGGCGGGUCACGCGGAGUUACCCGAGGGCUCGUCGAUAACGGUGGACUCCAAGCGGUUCUUCUUUGACGUGGGCUCCAACAAGUACGGCGUGUUUCUGCGUGUGAGCGAGGUGAAGCCCAGUUACAGGAACUCUAUCACGAUACCCUUCAAAGCGUGGAGCAAGUUCGGCGGAGCGUUCUGCCGCUACGCCGAGGAGAUGAAGGAGAUCCAGGAGCGGCACAGAGAUAAAGCGUUCGAGCGGAGAACCGGAGAGGAGUCUGAGGGCGACGAGGUGGACGACGACUGACCGCCGGAGGCGUCGCGUCGCUAGGCAACCGCUCAGCGCGAGAGGAGGAUGACGCGUGAGACGAAGAUGUUUGACUGAGAAACACUGUCGUGUAAAUGUAAGAGAAUCCUGUUUAAAGCAGUAUAGAUAUAUGUAAGAGAAUCCUGUUUAAAGCAGUAUAGAUGUUUGGCUAGAUAAAUGGAUAUUUCUG